AACACCUAAAAUGCGGAUGUUACGGAUGCUCUGCCCAGACGCAAGAAACGACGUGGUUACAGGUGCAAAGGAAAUGAUCCAGAGACUGAAGUUUGACCUGGUCACGAACACGGACACAGCUGUGGAUGAGCCGCCACCGAAAAAGAAAUCCACAAGCCACUUCGCAGACUGGGAAGAAGACACGGACGUAACUUCAGCGCCGAGAACUGCCGAUGACGAAAUUACUGAAUAUCUCAGCUCUCGGCUUUCUGAUAACCCAGACCCAGACAACGUGCUUCAAUGGUGGGACUUCAAUAAAGAGCGCUAUACCGCACUGUCAAAGCUGGCGCGAUUCAUCUUCAGCAUUCCCGCAUCCAGUGCCCCUUCAGAGCGGGCCUUUAGGAAAGGAAAGUGGAAACGCUGA